GGGAGGUGGAUAGGGAAAGAGAAAGGGGGCAUGGGCGAGUUGGUAGUUAGUUUUCUGCAGAGGCAGAGCGUUGGAUUCCUGGUCCCGGAUGACACGGUUUCGAAUUCGGGUGAGGGCGAAAUUUGAAUGCGUUCUCAACAAUCCGCUGUACGAAUGCACAAGUAUUGGAGCAGUCUGCGAGGAUAAUCAUUGUACGUUUUCUUUGCAAUUAUGAGAGAAAAGGACGAUCCUAGUGAAAAUGCUUGUAAUUAAACUGAUCGACAUUUUGUAUCAGAAAUUCAAACUGGCUCAACUUUGUAGGCCUUAUAUCAAAAAUAAUGUUGUCAUAGAAUUUUUAUUUCUUUUUGAUAGUAUUUUUUUUUUGUCUAUGUUUGGUUUUCUAUGUUAUGUGUUACCCUAAAAAGAGAUGUAUAUAUUUUUGGCAUUGAUGUUUCCAAUUAUGUUGAGCAUGUUUUAAAAACAAUUUCUGAAAUAUGUAUUCACGGAAACAUCUGGUAAAUGCCGUCAGGAAUUUUAGCCUACACUAUGACAACUAUUAUCCUGUUCAUAACGAAGUAUAAUAAAUGUUGUGCGGUAUAGUCCCUAAUGACAAGCAUAAAGUGAUUAAAAACUAUAAUAGUAAUGACAAAUGAACACAGCAGAUGUAUUAGCUACUCCGUUUCUCUCCAUUAAUUUCGUUUUAUUUCAAGCACAGCGUCUGUCAUACAAACUUGGAAUGUAAAUUCGUGAACUGUUAUCUUGAAACAAUGGAAGCAAAUUCAUCUGAAAAUAGUAGCUUGAGUUUGAUACUGAAUACUACCGGGUCAGGAAAUAUAGUAAACUCUGCCUCAACACAGCCACGCCCUAUCGGCUACUAUGGCGAAAUUCGUGAGUUGCUGUGGAAGAUAGUGCCGCCAAUUUUGAUACUAUGUGGCACCACUGGCAACACGUUGACAAUCAUUGUUACCAUGCGUAUGAAGAAGUUAUCUUCCACUGCAGUAUACUUGUUGAUACUGGCUGUUUCGGACACGACAAUUCUCUUAUGCGGACCAUUGAGGAACUGGAUCAGUUUCGCAUGGGGCAAAGAUAUUCGCAGACUAAGCGACGCGGCAUGCAAAGUUCAACUUUACCUCACGUAUGCUAGCCUCCACUUCUCGUCAUGGCUUCUCGUUGCGGUGACAAUGGAGCGUACUAUCAGUGUGGUAUUUCCACAUAAAGUUAAAGUAAAUUGUACACGAAGAAAUGCAUGUUUAAUAAUCCUGGCAUUGUUUGUGUUCACGUUUGGUGUUGAUGCCGUGGUUCCUGCUACUCAAAGUCUUAAGGGAUAUGGCGGGAAAAGUUGUGCCCCUACCACAGAAGCAUACUUGAACUUCCGGGACGAUGUUUGGCAGUGGAUAGACUUCUGUAUGGCGUUCGCAUUUCCAUUUAUAUUUCUAGUUAUAGGAAACACCGUAAUGAUUGUCAAACUCUAUAAAUCUCGACUGAAACGGAAACAGAUGUCAGGAAAUAGCAGACAAAAAGACGCUAACAUUGGCCGUAAAGAGUCUGCUGUAUAUGUGUUAAUGGUGGCACUUUGUAUUAUUUUCUUACUGACUAUGACUCCGGUGACUGUUUACCAAAUCUACGCUCCGUACCGAAGAAUAGAAAUCUUGGCACUGUAUAAAAUCGACAAAGACGCAGGCUGGACUGACUACCAAUUCUUUAUACUUCAGCACACCAUAGUUAAUCUAGUCGCGUAUACAAACGCGGCCUUCAACUUUGUUCUGUACGUAUUCACUGGUACAAAGUUUCGCACCGAGUUGAUCCGGUUGUUUCGCAGCAGUCGCGCGCAGAGAGUGUUUGAUGCGUCCGGAAACAGGCUAAUUAAAAAGACUAGCGAGGAAAUGAAAACAAAGACUACAGGAAUAUCAUCAACUUCGCAAAGCAAGGAGAGCAGAUAUUGAUUUAAAAGUGAAACUUGAAGACGGUGUACCAGUAAUCACUUGUCCUAAUUAGUGAUUGACUCUACGCGCAGCCACGCACAGAGUAGCUUUUUAUUAUUUGUAAUUUAUCAAUAUCACAAAAUCAUUUUAAAUAUUCUUGUUUAAAUAAACAUAUAUAUUUUAACCCAAAUUGUGAAAUAGCUUUAAUUUCAGGGUUUUCUUUGUAUAUUUGUAUAAACAGUUGUCGACAGACUUUUUAUUCAACUAGAAAAUGUAUUAUAUUGUUAUAUUUUUUAAUAGAAUUGAUCUUGGAAUUGCUAACUUAGAAAAUAAGCGUUAUAUUUGAAGUUCUUGUACUUCUUACGGUUCAAAUAUGGUAUUUGAAUACCUCCUUUCAGGUAUCUGCAACGGUUUUUGCCGAUUGCUGAAAUAAGCCGCGCCAUGGGAAAACCAACAUAGUGCGUUAGCGACCAGCAUGGAUUCAGACCAGACUGCGCGCAUGCUGUUCGCUUUCAAAGCCUGUUGCAAUUAAAGAAACCGUUAGCGAACAGCAUGGAUCCUGACCAGAUUGCGCGGAUGCGCAGGCUGGUCUUGAUCCAUGCUGGUCGCAAACGCACUAUGUUGGUUUUCUCAUGGCGCGGCUCAAAUAUAGUUUAGUGGCCUUUCUGUAAGAUGAUACUCUUUUACCGCUCCCUUUCUGUUGAGGGAUCACGAAACUUGCUUGCAUUAGACAAUCAGAUACUUAGCGAAAUAAUGUACAUAUUUUCUAUAAUGCCUCAGACAUUAAGUCAAUCAUUUUUUAGUGGUAUGGGACUAUAAACGAAAAACUUUCAUAACCCUUGGUGUAACUCUAUUAUCCUAAAAUAUGGUUGAUGUCAUUUUUUUUUAAAAAAAGGACACAAACACAAAACACAAAAAGCAAACCAGACAAUAGCCUGGCUCCCUGGCUGCAUGGUUAUUUUUUAUAUAAAUACUGAAAACAUUUUAUUAGAAAUUUUAAGCCUCUAAAAUAGCACAAUUUUAUCUGAUGGCUGAACCAUACAUGUUUGGAGCCAGGGGCAAUAAAAAAUGUCAAUGUAGAAACAACCUUCUGGAGUUACUUCCCUCUUAAUGAAGAAAACUGUUAUAUGUAAAUAAGAACAAACAUAGGGACGGGAGCCAGUCUAACCAGACAAUGGCAGUGCUCAAGAUCUAGAAUAUAAACUAUGUAAAAGUUAUAUCACGUUUCAAUCGAUUCGAUCAAUAAUGAGGCUUUAUUAUAGUAAAUUACCACCACAGGACACAAUCAAUUAAUUCCGUAUUCAAAAAGAUUUUUUUAUUAUUAUUAUAUAUUUCUAUUGUAUGUUCCUUUAAAUGUAUGUCUAAUCGUACAAUUUUUGUGUCAUUUAUAUACUUGGUGAGAUUAAGCCGCUUUCUCUGUUCGGUUCUAAUGUCGUUUACAUUCUAGCGUAGUAUAAUCAAUUUACGAGUCUUGAAAAUAUUUGUUGAACGUGUUCAGUUUGUUUUCGUUAUUUAUGUAUGUUCUUUUUCCAAUAAAAGUGCU